ACCCAAAGAGAAUUGUUCUCACAGGAAAAUCAAUAUAUACAUAUUGCUCGUCUCUCACUCUCUUCUGCAUUUAAGGAAUUGAGGAAUUAAUGGAGAUGGGUUAUUGCCUCCUUCCAUCAUCAGCUUUCCUGAGGGCUGUUCUUUCUGUCUUGAGCGCCCUCUGCAUCUUUUCUGAGCUUGCACUUGCUGAACAUACAGGAAUAACGAGGCACUACAACUUUGAUAUAAAGCUGCAAAAGGUAACGAGGCUAUGCCAUACAAAGAGUAUUGUGACAGUAAAUGGCCAGUUACCGGGGCCUCGAAUAAUUGCAAGGGAAGGGGACCAAGUAUUGAUUAAAGUGACUAAUCAUGUUCAAAACAACAUUACUAUUCAUUGGCAUGGAAUAAGGCAAUUGAGAAGUGCAUGGGCAGAUGGACCUGCGUAUAUCACGCAGUGCCCAAUUCAAACAGGACAAACCUAUGUAUACAACUUCACGAUUACUGGGCAAAGAGGAACCUUGUUCUGGCACGCCCACAUCUCAUGGCUAAGGGCAACUGUCUAUGGACCCAUCGUCAUUCUUCCAAAGCAACAUGUUGGUUACCCAUUUCCACAACCCUUCAAGGAAGUCCCCAUCAUUUUUGGAGAAUGGUGGAAUGCUGAUACAGAGACAAUUAUCAACCAAGCUACACAAACAGGACUGGCCCCUAAUAUAUCCGAUGCAUACACCAUUAAUGGUCUUCCAGGACCCCUGUAUAAUUGUUCAACAAAAGAUACAUUUAAGUUAAUGGUGAAACCAGGAAAGACGUAUCUCCUUCGUCUCAUCAAUGCUGCACUCAAUGACGAGCUCUACUUUAGCAUUGCCAACCACACCCUUACCGUGGUUGAAGCCGAUGCAGUUUAUGUGAAACCAUUCAAGACCAGUAUAGUGCUCAUCACCCCUGGACAAACCACUAAUGUUCUUCUCAAAACCAAACAUGGCCACCCCAAAGCUACCUUCCUCAUCGCCGCCAGGCCGUACGCCACAGGCCCUGCCACUUUCGACAAUACCACAACAGCCGGAAUCCUUGAGUACGCUCACAACAAUACCUCUACCUCAAACGCCAUGAGCAAAAAGCUUCCUCUCCUUAAACCAGCACUCCCAGCAUUCAACGACACAAACUUAGCCGCCAGUUUUAGCAAGAAACUCCGUAGCUUAGCCACCCCCAAGUUCCCAGCGAAGGUUCCGAAAACUGUGAACAAACAUUUUUUCUUCACCGUGGGACUGGGGUUGAUCCCAUGCUCUCAAAAUCAAGCAUGCCAAGGACCCAACAACACCAAGCUAGCUGCUGCUGUGAACAAUGUAUCAUUUGUGAUGCCAAGCACAGCUCUUCUCCAAGCUCACUUUUUUCAACAAUCCAAAGGUGUCUACACCACUGAUUUCCCAGCAAAGCCACUAUUCAAGUUUAAUUACACAGGGAACCCACCUAGCAACAUCAUGGUGAACAGUGGUACAAAAGUGGUGGCGCUUCCAUUCAAUGCUAGCGUGGAGUUGGUGAUGCAAGACACUAGCAUCAUUGGUGCUGAGAGUCAUCCACUUCACCUUCACGGAUUUAACUUCUUUGUCGUAGGACAAGGCUUUGGAAAUUUUGACGCUAAAAGAGAUCCACCAAAGUUCAAUCUUAUAGAUCCAGCUGAGAGGAACACCGUCGGGGUGCCGUCCGGUGGUUGGGUCGCCAUUCGUUUUGUUGCAGACAAUCCAGGUGUGUGGUUCAUGCAUUGCCACUUGGAAGUUCACACGAGCUGGGGCUUGAAGAUGGCAUGGGUGGUCAUGGAUGGAAAGCGGUCAAAUCAGAAGCUCCCUCCUCCACCAUCCGAUCUACCCAAAUGUUAAAACUACAUUCCUUUCUAAUCUCCUUCCGGAGUAGGUUCCAUUUAAUCAAUUGUUUUUCCUUUUGGCAUUUCCUACUUCUACCCACAAGGGGUAUGAAUGCGGAUGGAUGCCUUAGCAAUGGUUGUUGUCAUCAACGCAUGUCUCUUCCCAUUUCAAAAAAUAUAGGAGGAUUUUUUGGUUGUAAUACAAUUUUUUGCUACAUCAUAUGUAAUAAUAUUACCCUAUUCUUUUAAAGAAGCUAUGCCAUUACUUAUUCUAUCA